ACUCAUCACUUUAACACCCAACCUCAUCACCCUCCUCUCUCUCCUUCAUUUUUUAGCUCCUUUCUCCCUCUCCCCCUCUCACUUAUACACACCACAAGAAUGUCUGGAAAUGUUGGCUGGGAUGACGAGAUUGUGCUUCGCAAGCGUUCGGACCAUGCGAAGGUGACCCGCACCGCUUCCGACAUCAAUGCAGCCCGUCGUGCUGGUGCAGUCGUAUCAACAGAACGUAAGGUUGUGACCAAUGCAGGACAUGUUGGCGAGGACUUUAGGAGGAUUGCCAAGCUGGCAGAGACGGACGAGAUUGUCGCACCCAAGGCGGUCUCGAUGGACGUCGGAAAGGCCAUUGCCAAGGCCAGGAUCGAAAAGAAGAUGAACCAGAAGGAAUUGGGCGUCAAGGUCAACGAGAAGCAGACAGUCAUCAACGACUAUGAGGCUGGCCGUGCUGUACCGAACCAACAGAUUCUCGGAAAGUUGGAGCGCGCUCUUGGAGUGAAGCUGCGCGGCAAGGACAUUGGAUCGCCAUUGACCUUUGGCAAGAACAAGGACACUGCCUAAAAUCAUCGACUGCGCACAAGGACGAAUAGGCGCGGGAGAUCUCGAAAAUCGAUGGCAAAAUCUAAUCCAAUCCAAGCACCAAGCAAACACAAAAAAAACCAAAAAAACAUGCUGCGCCUGCACCGACAUAUCUUAUCUUGUAAAACUAUGGACUCUGUACAUCAAUAAUUGCGAACACAGCAUCUUUUGGGCAAAAAAAAAAAAAAAGGGACUGCGGCAACCUUUGCAGACUAGGCUUUGUCUUUGCACAGACGCAACCUUUUCCUUUGCUUUUGCCAUUGCUAGGAGUCCAGCAUAUGUUGUAUAUAGAAUUGACCAUUAAAGCAACAUCUGGAUACUCUUUCGCAAAAUAAAUACAAAGAAAAAAGAAAAAGGAAAAGGGAAAG